CAGUCUUCUGUCCUCUUCUUCCUCUGAUUUGCAAGUGGGUGUUGUGAGUUUGGCUGGGCCUGGAAGGAAACUUGCUAUGGUGCGAAUGUUCUUACCUUCUUGCAAAUUGCCUUCCUUUCUGGAUUGAGAUGGGAACAAUCCUUUUGUCUCUCAUUUACUUAUGCUCUAGCAAAGUGUAGCCUAAUGGAUGCCUCCUGGUAUCUCCACAUCUUCAGCUAUUGAAAGUUGAUGCCAUUCCCACAAGGAGGAGUAGCAAUGUGGGUAUUGUUAAUCUGUUAAUAGGUAAAGAGGAGCAAUAGAAUGGUAUUUAAUGUUAGUCUGCUCUAUGUCCUGUCCCUUCUAAAUUUUGAUCUGGGGAAAGGAAUGACGAGCCUGAAGCAAAUAGUUCAGUGUCUUUUCUGGGGGCAGAUUUCAGGGCCAGGAAGGGACUAGGCUGAGAAAUCUUUAGGGAAUGGCCAAAGCCCAGUGCAUGGGAAGGAAAGUAGUACUGGCCUAAAAAGGUUAGGAAAAGACAAACUGAAACCUACAAUUUUGUUAUGUGCAAAUUCCAUGUGAGGAGUGCCUGCUGACUUUUUUGUAAACCUGUUUGGGAUUUGCACUGUUUGGGAAUGGCUGUGUGUAAGAAUUCCCAUUCUGGUUUUAACAAACUUUGAAGUGGGGGGUGCUUGGUCUGUAGGAUUAAGUCUUUGCAACUGGAUGAUAGUGGGAGCAACUGCACACUUUAGAGAAAAGGAAGUCUAAAGGAUCCUCUUUCUAAAGGACUGGUGCCAUUUGCAAAUGUAGCAGUUGGUGCAGAGAAGUGCUGGAGAAUGGCGUGCAUAGGUAAGCACCUAAUCACCAUGCCUGAUCUGAGCCUUUGCUUUCAGAAUAGAAAUUGAAGGCUUUAGCUGUGUCAGCAUGCUGCAGAAAUAGCUGAGCUGCUGCUGACUUGAGCCACAUUCAUCUGAUGUUGCUUCUAAGUGAGCCCUGCUAAUGUGGCAUUGCACUCAAACUGGUUUUCUCUGUGGUACUGCUCUGUGACAUAGGGCUGUGCCAGGCUCUUCAGCACAAGUGAACUUGCAGCCAGUAAGCUGCUUUGCCCCAGAAUGCUCAUGUAUUUUCUUCUCUGAGUGUUUUGUGGUGAGUUAUCCACAUGCCCCAGUGUAACCCCAGUGUAAUCUAAGGAGAAACGAUUAAGAUGGCCCUGCCUUUGACUUCAAAUUUUUGAAAUGGGGAAUUGUCAUGCAGCUGAAGUUAACACAGACAAAUUAAUAAGUAAUGUUCCUGAAUGCAAAAGAAAAACACCAUCCGCUUUAGUCACCUCUCGAGGGCUAUAUUUACAGGCACCUCGGGGAAUUCUCAAUAAACAACAGGGAGCAAUUAUUUCUGCUAGAUUGUAAUAUGUUUUGUUCAUCUCUCUGACAGUAUAAGUACUGUGUGGAUUGUUGUAUUCAAAUGGCUUGGAAAAAGAUUAUUUUCAAUAAAACUGAGUUGCUCUAAAAUGCAAAUGUUGGGGUGGUUUUGCAUAUGAUGUUUUUGCUUCUGAAAUAAUUAAAGCCAUUUUUCUAAAGCACAUCUUCUAACUGUUGGCCCUUGCUGGCCUGCUAGUGGGCAUCUGCUCUGAACAGGUUUGAUCAUGCAGCUCAGCCUGAGAAGCCCAAUAAUGAAGAAAAUGCUACAAAUUACUUCAAAUGGAUAUUGUCACAUAUGUGAGAUGGUGUAUUGCAAUAAGCAUGUCGAUCCUAGUGUUGCAAGAUGUUUGUGCUUAUGGUUUUAACGGUGAUUUAAAACAUCCACUCAGUGGUGUAGUUUCCUCUCUUGUACAGCUGAGAAAGGAUUCUCUGGGGAGCAGUUGGCUUUGAAUGACCCAUCUGGGACUAAUGUGACUACUGGCAGGAAUGAAGACUUAAGCAAAAUGAAGCUAGAGCCAGAUCUUCAAAGAUAAUAUAGCUGAUGGAUGCCCACAGAAACAGCCAGAUCCGUAAUCCAGCUGUAUGUCAAACUCAUAAAUUACAUAUGAAAAGCCGCCUCUCAUUUUUUCUCAAAUAACAAGCAGCAGAUUUGUGUCCUUUGAGAAGGCUGCUCCCUGCUGCUGCAGCUUUUGGAAAUGGCUAAGUCUGAAAUGCUGUGUUCGGUUUGUUUGUCAAUAUUAAAAAGUGUUUUGUGGAAAAUAUUCUUAUUUGGGGAAAAGUUUUAAAACUUUGGAGCUAAAAUGCUUCCACUGUAGUUUUUAGAUUAUCUAUCACAAUGACAUUCGACCCGUAGUGAUGGACAGUAUCAAGAAGUGUGUGAUGAGCUAUUCUAUGCAGCAUGGGGACCUCAACUGGAGGCUUAUUUAUGUUGCUAGUGUUUGAGAUCUGAGCAGUAGUUGAGCCUCAUAAUAUUCAGAGGUGUACAGCAGAGGAGCAGUAUUCAAUUUGUACCCUCUGGCUUUAUAGAAUCAUAGAAUGAUUUAGAUUGGAAAAGACCUUUAAGAUUGUGGGGUCCAACAAUUAACCCAGCACUACCAAGUCUACCACUAAACCAUGUCCCUAAGUGUCACAUCUACACAUGUUUAAAUACCUCCACGGAUGAAGGAGAGACUCAACCACUUCCCUGGGCAGCCUGUUCAAUGGUUGACAACCCUUUUGGUGAAAAAACUUUUCCUGAUAGCCAAUUUAAACCUCCCGUGGUGCAAUUUGAGGCCAUUUCCUUUUGUCUUAUUGCUUGUUACUUGGGAUAAGAGAUUGACAGCCACCUUGCUACAACCUCCUUUCAGGUAGUUGUAGAGAGUGAAUCAGAAUUCUAUGAGAGUGAUAAUGUCUCUCUUCAGCCUCCUUUUCUCCAGGCUAAAAAACCUCAGUUCCCUCUGCCACUCUUCAUAGGAAUUUCCUCUUUGUUUUCUUUUUGUGUUUUGUCUUGUUCUUUUUUUUUCUCUCUGGUGACAGAUACCACUGAUAGAAACAGAGAAACAAUUUCUGGCUUGCAUUUUGUGGGGUCUAAAACCAGCUGAGACAAGAAGGCAGCCAGAGAAAACCAUGGAGUUACUUCAGAGACAACCCUUAUCCACAAGACUUUGUUUUUGUAAACAUCUCCUCACCAGGGUAACUAACUCCCAGAGGACUCUCAUACAAGUGGGGAUUUCUCCUACUUUCACCCUGCUUCUCGCUUCAGCACUUCUCAUGAGCACUGUGCAGCUUUGAGGUAUGCUGCUGUUUCGUCUGUGAGGGGAUCAGAGCUUCCCUCAAAUGUGAUGGAUCCCCAGAAAGAGACGCCCAAGGAAAACAAGACAGAGCAUCUAAUUGCUGACAGGCGGGAAGGAAUUGGUGUCUGUGGCUGGAUCCUGGUUUCCUUUUCAUUCCUUCUGGUGCUUAUUACCUUUCCUAUUUCCAUCUGGAUGUGUAUGAAGGUUAUCAGAGAAUAUGAACGUGCUGUUGUAUUUCGUCUGGGACGUAUACUGUCUAAGAAAGCAAAGGGACCAGGUAUAAUCCUCAUACUUCCAUGUACAGACACGUUCAUCAAGGUUGAUCUUAGAACAGUUACCUGUAACAUUCCUCCACAAGAGAUUCUCACAAAAGAUGCUGUGACUACCCAAGUCGAUGGGGUGCUGUACUACAGGAUCCACAGUGCUGUCAGCGCUGUUGCUAACGUCACUGAUGUGCACUCAGCUACCUUCCUCUUGGCACAGGCAACCCUGAGAAAUGUUCUGGGUACACAGACCUUGGCUCAGCUCCUGGCAGGCCGUGAGGAGAUUGCACACAGUAUCCAGGCUAUCCUUGACAGCGUUACAGAGCAGUGGGGAAUCAAAGUGGCCCGUGUGGAGAUCAAAGAUGUCAGGAUUCCUGUGGCCAUGCAGAGGGCCAUGGCAGCCGAAGCAGAGGCUGCUCGAGAGACAAGAGCUAAGGUUGUGGCAGCAGAAGGAGAAAUGAAUGCUUCUAAAGCCCUCAAGCAGGCCUCCAUGGUGCUGGCUGAGUCUCCAGCAGGUCUCCAACUGCGCUACCUGCAAACAUUAACAGACUUGGCAGCAGAAAAUAAUUCCACCAUUGUUUUCCCUCUCCCUAUAAAUAUGCUUGUGAGUUUGGGGCAGAAAAGUAAAGGGGGUUAAAGACUGUUCUAUGCUAGCUCCUUGGGCAGAGAGGUUUAAAUGGUUUCCCAGGACUCAAGGGGUUCCAGACUACCAGAAUUAAAGUAGAAGCAUGCUUGGAUCCUCUGUAUCAAAAAUAAGAGUGAAGAUAGUUGAAUAAUCACACAUAGCUCCCACAUUUUAUGACUAUAUUUGUGAAGUUCAAGUGCUAACCAGUUUCAACUGACUCAUCUCUAAGUGAAAUGGAAGAAAAUAUGUAAAAUACAAUAAAAUAUGUAAAAUGCAGUUAGAUCUAA